AGUGGAGUAUUCGUCUUUCUUUUCUGUCUUAUAUAUCUUUUUGUUACCGCUGAUUUUGAGAGCAUUCACAGAUAUCUCUAGCCCCGUUCAUUUCCAAAGCCUACGUGUGGUACGCUUCCGAAAGACACCCUGAAUCAGCACUUGCAUACAAUAUCUUGCGUGAGUCGCACAGUCUUUCGUUUCUCCUAUUUCAGUGUGAGCGGGUGCGUGGGUCGCUUGGUCAUCUUCCAGGUCACCGCCGUGAGUUAUUUAUUUAUCAUUCCUCCCCCCUCUCUCUCUUCUUUUGUGAAGUGUGUUCCUGCCCUGUUCUCGUCGGUUGUUGUCUACGGAGCCUGAUCAGACGAAACGAGAAAAGGGAAAAAAACGCAAAUGGUUCACGGUUUGUCCUCUGCGAAGGGCGUGUUGGCGCUGCUGGGUGAGCAGGACAACGUCGUUGUCCUCUUCGCCCUGAAGCGGCUGUCGGCGCUCAUGGACACCUUCUGGCACGAAGUGAGCGCUGAGCUGCCCCUCAUCGAGGAGCUCGCCGCGUCGGGAACCCUCGCUGACGAAACACGCCGGCUGGCCUCGCUCGUUGCCUCGCAGGUGUACUUUCACCUCGGUGACUACAGCAACUCCGUCAACCACGCUCUCGCCGCAGGUACCGCCUUCGACGCCACCACACGCUCCCUCUUCACCGACACCAUUCUCAGCCGCUGCAUUGACACCUACGUGGUGUUUCAGGAGACACCGGAGAGCGAGCGGGCAGAGCUGCCGCCGAAGCUGGAGGAGCUGUUCGUUUCCUUGACCAAGUCGUGGGUGAUGGAGAACGAGACGGUGGCGGACCUGAAGGAGAUGGUCGGCUUCACGGUGCGGGCGCGUCGCCUCGACUUUCUCGAGAAGGUUCUGCGUCAGUGCCUCGUCAAGACGCACUCGGCGGAGAUUCUCAACUUUACCUUCAACGUGGCAAACAUACUGCUGCAGGACAUCACUUUCCGCCGUAAGGUGCUGCGCCUCCUGGCGGACCUCUACACGGAUGGUCUCUCUACCAUUGACUACUACUCCCUGGCGCACUGCCUCCUCUUUCUGGGGGAUGUAGAGGCGACGUCGAAUCUCAUCUACGGUCUCUGGAAGGCGGACAACAAGACGGUCGCCUACCAGCUCGCCUUCGACCUAUUCGAGUACGGUAACCAAGAGUACUUGUCGGGGGUGGUGGCGUACCUGGAGAAGCAGCUCGGCGAGAGCGAGCGCGUGCUGGCGGAGCAGCCGGCGGAGGCGAAGUCAGAGGACGAUGGUGCCAAAAACUCUGCCGCGGCCGCAUCCCCUGCCGAUGCGGAGACGGCGAACGCAUCGUCCCCGACCGUCGCCGCGGCGAAGCCGGAGACGCCGGAGCACAAGCUCAUUGCCGUCCUCAGCGGCGAGUUGACGACGAACCUCAACGUCAAGUUCCUCUACUCGCGCUGCUGCGCGGACGUGCACAUUCUCGCCCACAUCAAGAAGAUGUCCGACCCGCGCAACUCCGUCAUUCACAACGCAACGGUGGUGUCGAACGCUCUCAUGUACAGCGGAACGACGAUGGACGGCUUCCUGCGCGACAACUUGAAGUGGCUCGGCGCGGCGCAGUACUGGUCCAAGUUCACGGCGGUGGCGAGCACCGGUGCCAUCCACCGCGGUCACACCGAGGAGGCGAUGCGGGUGCUGGAUCAGUACCUCCCGAAAGGCUCCAGCGUGCCGACACUGCCCUACCAGGAGGCCGGUGCCCUCUACGCCCUCGGUCUCAUCCACUCCCCCCUCGGCGUCACCCGCGACCGCUCAACGAUCCAAUACCUCGAGGAGAACUUACAGAAGUUCUCCGCGAACGUGCAGAUGGUACACGGCGCCUCCCUCGGCAUCGGACUCACCGCCAUGGGCCUGCAGGACGAAAGCCUCUACGACGCCCUCUUCACCUGCGUCACCGGCAUGGACGCCGUCGGGGCGGAGGGGGCGGCGGUCGGUGUGGGCAUGUUGAUGCUCGGCAGCGGCAACGAUAUCGUGCUGCAGAGCCUCAAGAACGUCGCGUACGAGGACAACCAGAAGGAGAAGGUGAUCCGGGGAGUGUGCAUGGCGAUGGCCCUCAUCAACCUUGGCCGCGAGGACGAGGCGCUGCCGUUGGCAGAGGAGCUGCUUGCCAGCGGUGACCCUUGGGUGCGUCUGGGCGGCUGCUUCGUGCUCGGUCUCGCCUACGCCGGCACGGAGAGCACAAAGACGAUUGAGAUGCUACUGAACAUCACCGUGAAGGACAUGUCGGACGAUGUGCGGCGCACCGCGGCGACGAUGAUCGGCUUCUUGACCUUCAAGGACCCGAAUCUCUGCCUCGACCUCAUCCGCGUCCUCGUUGACAGCUACAACCCGCACGUGCGUUACGGCGUUGCGAUGGCGCUUGCCGUGAGUGCGGCCGGCACCGGCAACGCUGCGGUUAUUAAUGUCCUGUGGGACAUGAAGGAGGACAUCGUCGAGUACGUGCGCCAGGGCGCGUGCAUGGCGCUGGCCAUGGUGAUGGUGCAGCUCACCGAGAAGGAAAACCCGAAGGUGAAGGAGUUUCGCCAACUUGUGGACAAGAAGGUGGAGGACCGUAACGAGAGCCGAUGCUCCAAGUUCGGCUACGUACUGGCCGCUGGUCUGCUGGACGCAGGUGGCCGCAACUGCACGUUUGCACUGCACAAGCAGCGUCACCGCCUCGACAAGGCUGUUGUGGGUGUCUUCAUGUUCCUGCAGUACUGGUACUGGUACCCCUACCUGCUUAUGAUCACGCUGGCGAUGCAGCCGACGUGCAUCAUCGCGCUCAACGAGUCCCUCGACCUGCCGGAGUACACCUUCAAGUCCAACGCGCCGCCCAGCACGUACGCGGUGCCCAAGUCGGUGUUGCAGGAGAAGAAGGUGAAGUCGUCCGAGGCGCCGGCAGUUGUGCUCUCCAUCACGCGCAAGGAGGAGGAGCUGCGCCAGCGUCGUCACCAGAGUGCUGCGGGGGACGCCGGCACGAGUGCGUCUGCGACCGGUGGGGCAGCGGCGGGGGAGGCCGGUGAGGGCAAGGGCGCGGGGGGUGGAAAGAAGGGCGAGGAAGGCGACGCCUCUGCGGCUGCUGCGGCGGAGAAGGAGCCAAACUUUGAGCUUCUGCACAACCCGGCGCGUGUGACGGCGCACCAGUUUGCUGCCAUCACGCACGACGUGGAUCCGCGGUACAAGCCGAUGAAGCCGCGGCCGAUGGGCAUCUGUCUUCUGCGGGAUAUGAAGCCGGAGCUGGGGGCGCAGUCGCUGGUAAAACCGGUCGUGUUGACGGACCGCGACGAGGCCUCGGUGCCGGAGCCGUUCUCAUACCCGUAA